CUCUCUCUCGUUUAGUUUGGCUGGUCGAAAAAGAUUCUUCUUUCAGUUCCAGUUUCUCCCAAGUAGAGAACCCUAAUUUCUACCUUCUGACGUGUCCGAAGCAUGGCAACGAUGAGGAUUUUUAAGGAGCUCAAGGAUCUCUUGGAGGAUCCUCCUUCAAAUUGCAGUGCAGUCCUUGAAGAGCUCAAGCUUGAAUACUGUGAGCUGAGAAGGAGAAUUCAGAUAAAGAAGUUGGAACUUGAGAAACUGAAACUAGAAAACAGAUUGAGGUUUGUUAGUGGGGAAAUCACUGUGGACAAUAGGGAGAAAGCUGAUCUUUGUCAGGAGUUGAGACAGAGAGGAUUCACACCAUUUCCGAACAAGGCCAAGCCUGCUGGUCAUUUUGAUGCAGAUGAAGAAUUUGACGAUGAGUUGCUGAUACUAGAAAACAAGGUCAAGUUUAUUGGCGGAGUAAUCAGUGGAGAAAUCAUAGUGAUUGAUAAGAAGAAAGCUCAUCUUGUUCAGGAGUUGAGGCAGAGAGGAUUCACACCAUUGGGGAAGAAGCUUGUCGAAGGUGCUGUUGCUGGAACAUCUGACGCAGCUGAAGAAUCUGAGUAUGGUUACUUAUUGGUAUUGGCUAGUAAAACAAUGCCUCAAGAGAAAGCUGAGCAGUUCUUGGCAGAAGCUGAUGAGCCAGACUUUGAGUCUCUUGACAUGGAUCUGCAGAAACUUGAAUUCAACGAUGCUCAAGGUGACAAAGAGAGAGAAGCAGCACAAAUCAAUAUCAGGGGCCAGUGCUGGAGCUUCAGCAUGUGCACCAGAGAAGACUCUAUCUAUGGAUGAGGAGGUGAUGAUCAUCAUGAUCAGCAGAUGACUUGGGAUAAAUAUAUUAAAAAUAAGGACUAAGUGUUUGAUGGAUAGUAAGAGUCAGUUAAAUGAAGUAUCUAUAAGUGAUUAGUGGAGAAGUAUUUGGUUUAAUGACAUUAACAUGUUUGGAACAAAGCUACCGUUUAAGCAUUUGGUCUCUCAUCUUAUUUGGUUGUUGAUUGAAUUGAUGAGUCUACACGUGAAAGAAAUAUUUUAUGUGUCA